UGCACAUAUAUUUCAACUCCUCAGCCAGAAGAUAAUAUUAGUGUUAAUGGCCGAUCAAUUUAUUGGGGAUGUCCAGCUGGAUAUUUUUGUCUUGGGCCUAACAUUACUAUUAAUGGCUCCACAACUCAGGGCAAUGCGGUUAAAUGUCCACCCGGAUUUUUUUGUCCAGAGAAUUCUGCACAACCGAUAUAUUGUUGCGAAGGUUAUUACUGUACUGAAGAUGCCAAAGGUAUAUCACUGUGCCCAGAGGGACAUUUCUGUAGUCUUGGUACCGUAUAUCCGGUAUCCUGUGAUCGCCUAGCAUUAUGCCCAGAAGGCUCAAAAAGGGGAAAUAAAUUCCUA